UUUUAUUUUUUACCAACAACAUAAGACAUGAUACCUGAAAACCGCGUUUGCGUAAAGAUUCAUUCAUUUCUGGAAAGUUAACAAUAAUUCGGUGGUUGAAUCCUGAAAACACAACAGAAGCAAUUUACUACACACAAAUAAUCGAUUCCAGAAAUAAUCACUUAUUCAAAAUCACACUCUUUAAUUUCCAUUUCAUUAUUUUAUUAUCUUUUUCUGCUUCUCGCGAUGGAACGUGAUUAAUUCAGAGCAGAAAGAGAAAGAGAAUAGUGACACAGUGUUAUGUUGUUUGAUUUGAUUCAACAAAAGCGACGUCGUUUUAUAAUGGAAGCUCUGAACCAUUUCUUCAUAUAAAAACGAAUCUGAUACGUUUUUGUUACAAUGGCGUCGUGGCUCAAAGUUGCUGAAGAUUUAUUUGAAGUUGUUGAUCGAAGGGCAAAGCUGGUUGCUAAUGAAACAGGAGAAGAACAAUCUGAUUCCAAAUCUCCAGCUUCAAAUGGGCAAGGAUCUCAAGGCAAGAGAAAGAAAUCAAAACCUAAGGCUCAAAAGGGACAGUCCGACUCAUCAACUAUAAUUAGUGAUACUACUAAGGAGAAAAAUGAAUCUCCAGCAGCAACAUCGGAUGUAAGUGUAACAACUCCAAGCGACAAAGUUGAUCCUGUAGCCAAAAAUGAUGGGAGUGAUUCCAUUUCUACAAAUCAAUCAAAGGAGCAGCAACCGACUGAUGCAGUAUCACCUGUAUUAGGAACUUCAUUGUCAACAAAGCUAGCUAGCGAUACUGUUAAACACGACACAGGUGAUGUGGAGGUCUUAGGAAAUGAUACUGAUGUUGAUGUUACCACUACCUCUCCAAAUAAUGAGCCCGUCAAAGAGAAGGCUUCAGAUAUUAAUGAAGUGGAUCCUUCUCCUUCUCCCAAAGGAAUUAAAGACCCCAACCAUGAACCCACCAGUACUGACCAAAUUACCAAGGCUGUAGAUUUGGAAUCCAAUCAAAAUAUGGAUCAAGAAGAAACUGAAACUGUGGCUGAUGAUGUAGCUCCUAGUACUAGUGAUACAAUACUUAAGGAUUCUGAUAUAAAAGCUGAACCUAUUGUGAAUCGAAAGAGCCAAGAGGAUCAUAAAACCGACAUCUCCCCCAAAAAACUACAGGAACAACUUGAAGAGGCUCAAGGAUUGCUCAAAACAACUAGAUCUACUGGUCAGUCUAAAGAGGCAAGGCUAGCUCGGGUUUGUGCUGGACUGUCAUCUCGCCUUCAAGAAUACAAAUCCGAAAAUGCACAGUUAGAGGAACUUCUUACUGCAGAGAGAGAGCUGAGUAAAUCAUAUGAGGCUAGCAUAAAACAGCUGCAAAGGGAUUUGUCUGAAAGUAAAAAGGAAGUUACAAGAGUUGAGUCAAAUAUGGCUGACGCCUUGGCAGCAAAAAAUGCUGAAAUUGAGGCAGUUCUAAGUUCAGUGGAAGCAAUUAAGAGGCAAGCUGCAUUGUCAGAAGGAAGUCUAGCAUCCAUGCAGGCAAACAUGGAGUCUAUGAUGAGAAAUCGGGAACUAACAGAGACAAGGAUGAUGCAGGCUCUAAGAGAGGAGCUAGCAUCUGUUGAGCGAAGAGCAGAAGAGGAGCGCGCUGCACAUAAUGCUACCAAAUUGGCUUCUAUGGAAAGAGAAGUGGAAUUGGAGCAUAGAGCAGUUGAGUCAUCUACUGCCCUUGCAAGGAUACAGAGAAUAGCAGAUGAAAGGACAGCAAAGGCCACAGAACUUGAGCAGAAGGUGGCACUUCUCGAGGUUGAGUGCUCAUCUUUAAAUCAAGAAUUGCAAGAUAUGGAAGCUCGUUUGCGACGGGAACAAAAAAAAUCACCAGAAGAAGCAAAUCAAGUAAUUCAGAUACAAGCAUGGCAGGAAGAAGUGGAGCGUGCUCGUCAGGGUCAGAGGGAAGCUGAAAACAAAUUAUCUUCCUUGGAGGCUGAACUACAAAAGUUGAGAGUUGAAAUGGCUGCCAUGAAGAGGGACGCUGAGCAUUAUUCACGUCAGGAGCAUACAGAGUUAGAGAAACGCUAUCGGGAACUGACUGAUCUUUUGUACUACAAACAAACACAAUUAGAAACCAUGGUCAGCGAAAAAGCUGCUACAGAGUUUCAAUUGGAGAAGGAAAUUAAGCGUCUUAAAGAAGCACAGGCAGAGACUGAAAGAAGUAGAGUUUCUCGUCGAGCAUCGUCAUCUUGGGAAGAUGAGACUGAUAUAAAAGCCCUGGAGCCUCUUCCUUUGCAUCACCGUCACUUGGCUGGUGCAAGUAUUCAGUUGCAGAAAGCAGUUAAACUGCUAGAUUCAGGGGCAGUCAGAGCCACGAGAUUUCUCUGGCGUUAUCCAACCGCUCGAGUUUUUUUAUUUUUCUAUUUGGUCUUUGUACAUCUCUUCUUGAUGUAUCUCUUGCAUUGCCUUCAGGUACAGGCGGACAGUAUGGCUGAUAGAGAAGUUGCAGAAUCUAUGGGACUUUCUAUGGGACUUUCAAACCAUAGUUUACCUUGAAUUAUCUAAAUAUUCUAUUUAUGACAUUUCUGACUACAUAUUUUCAAGUGUACAUUUAUAAAGCACAGCUGGUUUGGGUGGCUUGAUAAACAGUUCAGCAAAUACUCAAGUAUGCAAACCAAAAGAGGAACUGACAAGCAUAUGUCAGAGAAACUGCUGUAGAUUGAAGCUGGGAAAAUUAGAUUUCGUUGUACUGAAUGAUGAAUAUACGGAUCGAAGCAUCUCUUUCUCGAGUAGACAUUCCCUGGAAUCCGAUUGUUAAAAUAUGUUUGUUCUGUCCGUUUUUUUAUUCUUCUGCUAAAGUUUGUAUUUUGAGGAGGAAGUAACAAUGUUGUAGAUACAAAUUUCUUUGGUUAUAUCAUUAUUUUGUUAUUUACAACACUUGAAAAAAGAAACAGUUGCGCUUACUAGAUAACUUGUUUAGCCUGAGAAUCUGAAUGUUGCUCUUUAUGAGAUAUAUAUGAGAAUAUCAAAACUUGGCAAAUGUAAUAAACUUCUAUUGUGAUGGGCCA